ACACAUCUUUAUUUUGGUAGUUAUAUUUAGAAUUAAAUAAAUUUUUUACUUGUGAUUAACUUUAUGUCUCCGUGCAUCGCACUGGUGAUGCACUAGUAAUAAUAAUAGCAGUGGAACAUUAUUUGCGGGGUAUAGAAACAAGAUUAGUGGGAAGGAGGGAAGUAAAACUGCAUGAUUUUUCAUCGUUAUCCCAAGAAGCCUUAGACAGAAGAUGGCGAGCCGGGCGGUUGAAUUGGAUAAAGGCGGCGAUUAUUUGGCCGUUUUCCGAUGUCUGUUAAGGCGGAAGCCAGAUGACUCCGCAACAUCCCGCAGACGGGACGACGGAGAACAUACGCAAUUGGCUAGAAAGCUAUCUGUAUUCGACCUGAUUGCCAUGGGUGUUGGUGCAACCAUCGGGGCUGGGGUUUAUAUUCUUGUUGGGACCGUGGCUAGAGAGCAGACAGGGCCUUCCCUUGCUAUUUCUUUCUUUGUAGGUGCACUGGCAGCUGCACUUUCUGCCUUGUGUUAUGCAGAGCUUUCAUGUCAUUGUCCAUCUGCUGGGAGUGCAUAUCAUUUCUCAUAUGUCUGUAUUGGAGAAGGGGUUGCAUGGUUAAUUGGGUGGGCUAUGAUACUUGAGUACACUCUUGGUGGUGCAGCAGCUGCUCGUGGCAUAUCUCCAAACUUGGCCAUAUUUUUUGGUGGUGAAGACAAACUUCCUGCAAUUUUGGCUCGCCAAACUUUUUUGGGCAUCUUGGUUGACCCUGGUGCUGCUGUCUUGGUUCUCAUUAUAACUAUCUUGCUCUGCACUGGAAUUAAGGAGAGCUCUCUCGCGCAGACUAUUAUUACAACAAUAAAUAUCUUUGCUUUGAUAUUUAUUGUCAUUGCUGGUUCAUAUCUAGGAUUUAAGACUGGAUGGGCAGGUUAUGGUCUUCAAAGUGGGUAUUUUCCUUUUGGGGUAAAUGGGUUGCUUGCCGGCUCUGCUACUGUCUUCUUUUCUUACAUCGGGUUUGAUCUUAUUGUCAGCACUUCUGAGGAGGUGAAAAACCCUCAACGUGAUAUUCCUCUUGGUAUAGGUGCUGCAUUAGCUAUAUGUGCCAUAUUGUAUAUGCUCGUAUCGGCUGUCAUCGUUGGUUUGGUACCAUACUAUGCUCUAGAUCGUGACACACCAGUUUCCUCUGCUUUUGCUAACUAUGGCAUGAAUUGGGCUGUCUACAUAAUCACAACAGGAGCCGUUACUGCUCUUUGUGCAAGUUUAAUUGGUGCAAUUAUUCCACAGCCUCGAAUUCUGAUGGCAAUGGGUAGGGAUGGAUUACUGCCUUCCUUCUUUUCAGACAUCAGUGAGCACACCCAAGUUCCUGUUAAGAGCACCUUAGUAACUGGGGUUUCCAUUGCAGCCCUAGCCUUCUUUAUGGACGUUUCACAAUUGGCAGGGAUGGUUAGUGUGGGAACAUUACUUGCAUUUACUACUGUUUCUAUUUCUGUAUUGGUAGUCAGAUAUGUUCCCCCAGAUGAGUUCUCUUACCCGUCAUUGCUCCAGCAAUCCAUAACACCUGCAUCAUCAUUGGUACGCCAUAACAAUGCACUUGGAGUCGAUGGUGAAAACACUAAAUCAAUGAGGAUUACUCACAGUAGUUGUGAACAUCCUCCUCAUGGGGCCGAAUGCCCUCUUCUUCUAAAAGAGGCAGCUCAAGGUUCUUCUGAUGAAGUCAGGAGGCAAAAACUUUCUUCUUGGGCUAUCACUUUCGUAUGUGUAGGGAUUCUUCUGCUGGUAUCUACUUGUUCUUCUGAACGUCUAUCCAGCAUCCCUCGCUUUGCAGUUUGUGGAGUUGGUGGCAUUAUUGUGAUAUGCUGCUCUACAGUCCUUGCCUGUGUAGGUCAAGCUAAUGUGAGGCUGAGAUUCAAGAAAUCAGGAGGUUUUCUCUGCCCGUUUGUUCCAUUUCUGCCCAUCACCAGCAUACUUGUGAACACAUAUCUGCUGAUAAACAUCGGGGGCACAACUUGGAUCUGUGUCCUGCUAUGGUUGGCAGCUGGAGUUUUGGUUUACGCUCUCUAUGGCCGAACUCAUAGUUUACUAUAGAUGCCAAGGAGAUUAGAGAUUGAACUUCUGGAUGAUCUUUACCUCCUUGAAGGUGGAUAUGGUCUUUGUUUCUCAGUCUCACCGUUUUGUUGUAUGUGUAUAAAUAUGUUCUGUGCUAUAAAACUUGUAUUGUAAAACAGUGUACAUACCGGACGAAGAAUGACUAUCUUGUUUGACUUUCAUGGAGUUUUAUGCGGAAAUUUGUGUAACUG